CCCCACUUGAGUGCCAUGCUGAUCUUGUUGAGCGACAUCAACUAGCCAUCCAACUCGGAGAGGUGGUACGGGAGCGCAACGUGGAGACCAAGCUGUCGAGCCACGGCAGCUUCCCGAACCGUUUCAGGUCUGUCGUGCUUGCCAUGGGCCAGGACGCGCCAGCAGACUCGUCGAGGGGACCGGAGCUCGCACACAUAGACGAGCAGCACUGUCGUCUUCUAGAGCAACAUGCCCAUGUGGCGACGUCUUGUAAUAUCGCCACUCUCUUCGUCGCUCUCUGCUCGCUGCUGCGUUCUUCGUGCCGUGUUCGAGCCUUCUUGCGUUGAUCACGCCCUUCCUCCGUCCGAUCGUGUAUGGCUUCGAGCUGACAUGUUUUCACAGGUCGCUCGGUGCAUGUCGCUGCACGGGGCACUGGUCCAGACGCACAUCUCCGCGUGUCUGUCCUCCUAGCCCACGUCCUCGUCCUCCUGAUCUCGAGCCAUCCGCU